AUGGCGUCUUUCUCGUCUCUGGCCCUCGGCCUCCUUUCUAUUACGGGCGCCUUGGCCCUGCCUGGUGAUAUGUCUGGCGAUUUCUCCAAGCGUCAGACGAUCACAACGUCGCAGACAGGCACGAACAACGGGUACUACUAUUCCUUCUGGACUAACGGUGCCGGAACUGUCGACUACACCAACGGUGCUGGUGGUCAGUAUAGUGUCAGUUGGGCAAACCAGAAUGGCGGUGACUUUACCUGCGGAAAGGGUUGGAAUCCAGGUAGUGCCCAGGCCAUCUCGUUCUCUGGCACCUUCAACCCUAAUGGAAAUGCCUAUCUUGCCGUCUACGGCUGGACUACUAGUCCUCUGGUUGAAUACUACAUCAUGGAAAGCUAUGGAGACUACAACCCGGGCAACAGCAUGACUCAUAAAGGAACUGUCACCAGUGAUGGCGCAACCUACGACAUCUACGAGCACCAGCAAGUCAACCAGCCGUCCAUCCAGGGCACUGCCACCUUCAAUCAGUACUGGUCCAUCCGGCAGAGCAAGCGGACUAGUGGUACCGUCACGACGGCGAACCACUUUAAUGCCUGGGCCGCUCUUGGCAUGAAUAUGGGUGCACAUAACUACCAGAUCCUCUCGACCGAGGGUUACGAAAGCUCUGGUUCUUCUUCUAUCACCGUUUCUGCUGGUUCUUCCUCUGGAGGUACUACCGGCUCUGGCGGUACCAGUAGUUCUACUACUACCACCAGUAGCUCCAGUGGCGCAACUGGGAGUUGCUCUGCCCUCUAUGGUCAAUGCGGCGGCAGUGGCUGGUCUGGACCGAACUGCUGCGCGUCUGGAACUUGCCACUACCAGAAUGCGUGGUACUCGCAGUGCCUUUAA